AUGGACUCUGGAGUUCCUAGAACGCCAACAAAGUCUACCAGGACAGCUGACAAUUCAGAACCAGGCUCCAAAAUACCAUCUCCAAAUGCUCCCGGAUCGCCCAAAUAUCGUAAGAGAAGCGCGUCGCCUAAACAGCCGCUUGUGAGUGCCUCAGAACACCGGAGCAUGGUUUCACACACCAAGAGACAAAAUAAUGAUGGGUCCACCGCGGCUACUUUUGGUAAUGGUAACCCUGGUUCCGAAGGCUCCUCUCAUAUGACCGCGUUCUAUCGAGAAAAUAUACGGGUUCUCAAUGAGCUGCAGGACCUGAUGUUCGAAAAAAAGGCCAAAUUGGAUUCGCUCAAGGAUAAACUGCUGGAUAGCAGAGACCAGUACAAGGCGCUCAUGCUCAAACUAGAGACUUUCAAGGAAGAAAAACACGUCAAAUCACAACAAUUAAAGCUUAAGGUCAACGACAUAAAGAAAUUAAGUGAUGAGCAAGCUACGCGCGACAAAUUUUUGAAAAAAGGCCACGAUCUGGAGGUUCAGCAGCUACGCGCCCAGAACACUGCACAGAUGAAUCGCUUAGAAAGCGGCUAUCAUCAAAAGAUAGAAGAACUGCGAUUCUUGAAAAUAAAGAAACUCGAAGAUGCCCGUAACGAAUUGCAACAAGAGAUUGUCAAGCUGAAACGUCAAGUUGCUAACAAUCAGGAAAAUCUCAAAGGCGCGCUACAUGAAUGCGAGGUCCAGCACAGCUUGAAGAAAGAAGAGGGCUUACGACAUCAUCAGGAAGAGCUCAAUGCACUUAUCAAUAUCAACACAAAACUGAGCCGAGAGUCUGAAGAGCUGAGAGAUACGCUGACGAACAAGCUCAAGGUAAAUUCGAGCAAAAAAAUAGAGGAAUUGGAGUCUCUGCGAGUAACGCUACAAGGCUUGAAAGAAAAGUUAGAUUCUUCACGAUCUAGAAACGAACAACUAGAACAAAACACAAAUGACCUAAGCUCGCUCACAAUAAAAUCACUUGCUAAACGAGACGAAUUAAAGAGAUACAUCAUUACCUCUAAUUCUGAGCUUGAACAAAUUGGUGAGAUUUUAAUGAAAGAGGAAACCAUGAGGCGAAAGUUGAACAAUGAAUUACAGGAGCUACGUGGCAACAUAAGAGUCUUUUGUAGACUGCGACCUCACUUGGAAAAGGAGCAGGAGAAUCUCUCCAACAUCUCAAUAGAAAAAUUCAAUGAUGAAAGCGGGACGCAAAGUAUAGUCAUAAAACGCGACGCAAAAUCUCAUAAAUUUACUUUCGAUAGAGUUUUCGGCGUACAUGAAAGCAACAGUAAUGUUUUUGACGAAAUUGGCCAACUGAUACAAAGUUCCCUUGAUGGAUAUAAUGUUUGCAUUUUCGCCUUCGGUCAAACAGGAUCGGGAAAAACAUACACAAUGCUCAACCCAAAAGAUGGCAUAAUUCCAACUACGUUGAGUCAUAUUUUUCUUUGGGUGGAUAAACUGAAAGGGAUUGGAUGGAGUUACGAGAUUUCGGGUCAAUUUGUCGAAAUUUACAACGAAAAUAUCAAGGAUCUUUUGAAAGAGCACGACGCCGAGAGUGAUGAGGUGUGCGACAGCAAUAUUAAGCACGAGAUUAGACAUGAUGUUGAAGCCCGUACUACGUUAAUAACAAAUGUGACCACUUGCAAAUUCAAGAACCGCGAAAUGGUGAAUGGAAUUUUAACGCGUGCACUGAGGAUGAGGUCAACUGCGGCGACUCAGGCAAAUUUGCGCUCUUCGAGGUCGCAUAGCGUUUUUAUAAUCAAACUGCGUGGGCAUAAUACAACUUCGGGAGAACAGUCUGCGGGCAUAUUAAACCUGGUCGACUUGGCUGGGUCCGAAAGGAUCAACGCCUCACAACCUCAAGUUGAUAGACUUCGCGAAACUCAAAAUAUAAACAAAUCGCUGAGCUGUUUGGGAGACGUAAUACACGCACUGGGAGCUCCUGAUGCCGCCAAGAGACAUAUUCCCUUCAGGAAUUCAAAGCUUACCUAUCUGCUACAGUACUCAUUGAUGGGAGACUCGAAAACCCUUAUGUUUGUCAAUGUUUCCCCAUGUCUCAAAAGUACGGCAGAAACGUUGAAUUCUUUGCGAUUCGCAGCAAAGGUAAACUCAACUAAGAUGACAAGGAGGGAUUGA